GCCAUGUAAACAACGUGACUUGCAAAAAAGCUAUAGCGUUACCCAGUAAGCAAACACCAUGGCAACUGCACAUCUGCAUUAAAAAAGCAGUGAGUGGACUGAUCAUCAAAAGCAAAAAAGAUUAUUUUUUGGUUGACAAGAAGUCUGCAUUGACAAAUUAAAGAUCAAAUUACAAGAUGGGUUGUGGUUCAUCCAAUGUGGUGGCUCCAGAGUUAGCACCAUCGAAACCACCGCCUGAAUCUCAAGACCUUUCCUCUUCAAGUAUUUCCCUCACCGGAAGCAGACAGAGUGUGAAAAUUCGACAAAGAAAAGCACGAUCGAGCGAUGCCUUACAGAGUGGCAGCACAGCAUCAUUGAGUUCUGAGAUCGAGCAGGAUGCUCAAGCCUCUGAAGUCACAUCAAUUAGCUCUCGAAAUAUCUCAGGCAAAUCCAAAGCAAGUGCUUCUAGUGGAGACAGUGGCCUGGGGGAAGAGUACAAGGAGAUCAUCACUGACAAAUCUGAUGAAACCCUGAGAGAAAAUGCCAGCAUUCCAGGAGAGCUGGAGAAACCAUCUUUAUCCAUUGACGGUUCAGGUGUCAACAACGAUAGAGGUAGAUCUAAGUCUACAGGAAGCAACUCAUCUGAGAAAGAGCAGCCUCUCCCAAAUGGUAUAAGACAUGUCAAGUUUGCAGAGAAGAUAAUUGGUGAGCUACCUGAUUCUCCGAGCAUCCUCAAGAGACCGGUAUCAAGAGGAGGCGUGGCAUUCGAUGUUGUUGUCGGAGACAACUUGUCACCACAGAUGCCAGUGUUUAGUAGCAGUGCUAAACGAAGAAAGAGGCUUUCGUAUCAAGAGCUACAAGAAAAACAAAAAUUAGUGGUACAACGAAAAAAGGAACGAGAGCAAAUGAUUGUUGAGAGACUAAGAGCAAAAGAAGAGCGAGACAAACAAGUCAGGGACGCUUUGGAUAAAUUUGCUGAGAUGCAGACAGAGCUAACAAGCAUCAAACAAAAGAAACAAGAAGUGACAACAGAAAAUCGAGAGGCCUAUUUGAGCUCACUGAGGGAUAAGCUUCGAGAGAAGUCAGAACACGUCGACGAGGUAAAGACUGCUAAGAAGGCUAAGAAAUUAGUACCUCUGAACAAGCCACCCAAACCUAACGCAGGAAGACAGGACAAUCCAGUUAACCUAAGAGCAAAUUAGAUAUAAUUAUUAUAGUUAUUUUGUAAAUACAUUAUUACACAGAAAACGUAGUUAUUUUUUUCAACAGAUGCAAAUAAUUAUACAAUGAAAUAGA